AUGUCUUUCGAAAGGCGAAUGCAGUGGCUCUCAUUGCUUCCAGCCUCGCUGCUCCUCUCCGUCGCCGUAGCCCAGAUGCCCUACAACCCUACACGCCUUCUCCAAAGUAACGACACCCUAUAUGUUUUCCGUCCGUCGUCCCAAUCUCCCACACAAUUCGCCCUGAGCACCAUCGAUCUAUCGUCCCAGGUCAAAGCGUCGAGUUUACCCUACAAUACGUUGUACGCCACGCUGCCCUUCCUCGACGACAAUGCCCCGCGCGCUUUCACCCCAGUUCUCGACCAUGACGGCAACCUUACUGUAUACACUGGCGACUGCACUUUGGGUGCAAGUGGUGGAGAGUUAUGGAGCUUUGUACCAGAUACAUCGGAGAACGUUGUCAAGGGCAGUUGGAGCAAGCAGGAUGUAUCAGUCAUCGGGAGUUCACAUACUUCCAUCAUAGGCCCGAACUUCCUCAGCGGUGGUAUGACGUUCUCGUCUCUCGUACGAGGAAAGGCUGCGAACACCGGUGCAUACUUCUUCGGAGGCAUGUGUCCUGACCAAAACGACACUGCGAGCGACUGGCAAUCGGCGGCCAAUUACUCCAACUACAUGGUCACCUUACAACCUUCUGUAGAUGCGAGCGUGCCUCUUAACUACGACAUUGACGUAUCGUCCAGCCGCGGACCGCCUGUACCAGAAGCCGGGUUCACCAUCACUGGUCUUCCGCCCACCUUUUCCGACCGAAGUGAUGGCACGCAAAUACAACAGCAAAACUUUGUCCUCAUCGGAGGCCACACCAGUGCCGCCUUCAUCAACAUGUCCCAGAUAGCGCUCUUCUCCCUUCCAGAACAGGGCUGGACCUUCAUUGGCGUCGAGCAACCCGACACUUCCCGUACAGACUUGGCUAUCCGAGCAGACGUUACUUCCAUCGAUCCUCGUUCCGGUCAUACAGCUGUGCUUAGUCCAGAUGGCCAACAGAUCAUCGUAGUCGGUGGUUGGGUGGGCGACAUCAACACACCAGCAGACCCUCAGUUUGCUGUACUGAAUGUCGCAGACGGUUAUGGUGGUAUUGGUAACUGGCAGUGGACAGUGCCAUCUACCACUGGCGCUGGGUUGCCGAAUGACGCUGGUCUUUAUGGCCAUGGCGCGGCCAUGCUGCCAGGCGGUAUACUCAUGAUCACCGGGGGUUAUUCCAUUCCCUCCUCUAGUGCGCGACGAAGAGAUACCAUGUCAGUGGCGAACACGCAAACUUACUUCCUCAACGUUACUUCUAAUUCCUGGAUGUCCGAUUACACCCCUCCAGCCACCCAAGCUCCGUCCGAAUCUGCGAACAGCGGCCUGUUGUCUACAACCGGACAAAAGGCAGGCUUGGGCGUUGGUAUCGGUAUCGGUCUGGCUGCUGUAUGUGGUUUGUUCGCACUCUGGAUGUGGUACACAAGACGUUCAAAGAAGCGAAAGGAGCUUCGUGAAAAGCAACUGCAAGAAAUCUCCUAUACUGCGCACAGAUACAACGCCGAGGACACCUCGGCAUGCUUCGAUGGCCGCGGCGGACGCUCUGACGCUCUGGACUACCUUGUCGAUCAAAACGGUCCGUACUACUUUCCAUCCGGCACACAGGGCGGUCAAGGCUGGAAAGCGACCAACCGAGGAGAUGUAGAGAGGACUGGCUUGCUCGUAGAGAUCCCAAGUCCGACGCGCGGGCUGCGACGCAACCUAAGUGGCAGACCUCAAUACGCUAUGGGCAGACCUCAGGGCCCAGGAAGAAUACAUCCCAUCGAUGAAUUGGAGGAAGAGCCUGAUGAGGAAUCGACGCACGACAACAACAACAACAACACACCAGCUAGGCAACCGGAGAUGACCGAGACUCGACCACGAACUGUGGCAGCUAUAUUUGACAAUGCUCCAGUUCUUGACCCCUUCACAGAAUCUCCUGGUCGUAGCAGUGGACACAGGAAUGCUCUCCAUUCGAAUCCCACUUCGCCUAAUCACCAGAACUAUGAACUGAACGCGAACCCGCCAAUGAUGGCAGGAAGGCUAUCGCCUGACAAAUCGAGCUCAGAACGCACAAGCUCUAACCUGAGCGACAGGAGUACACUGUCUUGGACGUCUUCUAAUGGUGGUGACGUGCGCAGUAAUUCCAUGCGUUCAGGUCCCAUGUUGAACACUGCCACACGCGGCAACCCAUUCAGAACACCAGAUGCAAGUCCGACUCAUAACAAGCCUAGCAGAAAUAGUGAGACCGGUCGACAUUCUCCAGAUGAUCCUCGAACGCAAUCCUUUAGUAGCCUAAGAAACAACGGGCAGCAGGAAGUCGACUCCUUCCAUACCCCACAAUCAACCUUCGCGCAUCUGCAAGCACAGGGCGAAGCACUGCUGGGCGGUAACCCAGAACGACCUAGACCCGACACCGGCUCAUCUGAGUCGACUACGCAUCGCGACACGGAACGUAGCAAUAGUCGAGCUGCUACAGCUACACCAGCAACAUCGUUUGCAUUAGACUUGGCAACUGUUCCCCGCCCAGCGACCAAGGAACGUAGGAUGAGCUGGCUUGGAAGCGUUCGCAAGGUGUUGACAAGAUCGGUAUCAAGUGCUGAACGUACGAGGUCACUGACCACAGCGAUGGCCUUCCACGAACCCUACAGAGAUGAUCCCAUCUCACCCGUCAACGCAUCCCCAUCCAGUAACAGAUAUUCCUUACCCGCGACAUCGUCAACACCCCAACGUGCAGCUUCUGAUGCAAGCUUCUGGCGCAACCGAAGAGGAAAACAAGACUGGUUGGAAGAGGAGCAAGAUCCAGCAUGGCGACGCACAGCCGGUGACGACUGGGGCGCACCAGAAGACAUCGCCAUGGCGGAACGCGAACGCGCACGCCAAGAAUGGAGAGAGCGAGGGAACCUACUCGUCAACAUCAACAGUGACGAUGACCUACCACCACCUCACACGCCUAUCAAGCCUGGCCAGCUCGGCGUUCCCAGGCCAUCUUUUGGAGACGAGAGGCCGUGCACACCCGCCAGCGAAGCAGACUGGGACGUCGAAGCCGCCGUCGAGCGCCGCGUCGUGCAAGUCAUGUUCACGGUUCCCAAAUCAAAAUUGCGGGUUGUGAAUGCAGAUGUUGCUGAUGGUGCUAGUAUCAUGUCUGUUCCCACCAGAGAUGCGGAUGAUACUUUGCAGGCUAGUCGCGUCAAAGAUCUUGCAGGGAGGUUCGAACAGAUGAACAGUAGCAGGAGUAGUCCUAGGACAAGUCCCAGACCUAGCCCGUCGAAUUCGAUCAAGAGUAUGAAGGUUAGAUCGAAGGCUAGUUCUGCGAGUUUGGCGAGACAGACUAGUAUCAGGAGUGCGAGAAUGGGAAGUGGAGCGAGCCCCAGUCCAUUGGUCAAGGGUAAGGAGAGAGUAGGUGAGUAG